AUGCAGGCGCGCUACGCGGCGCCCGACCCCCCCGGCCUGGGCGCCGUGCCCUACCUGGGCGAGCAGAGCUACUACCGUGCGGCGGGCGGCUACGGCGGCGUGGCCGGGCCCGUGGGCGUCUACGCGGGGCACGCGGAGCCGUACGGCGCGGGCGCAGGGCGCGCAUACGCGCCCUACCCGCACCCGCCCGCGGCGCCCAAGGACCUGGUGAAGCCGCCGUACAGCUACAUCGCGCUCAUCACCAUGGCGAUCCAGCACGCGCCCGAGAAGAAGAUCACGCUGAGCGGCAUCUACCAGUUCAUCAUGGAGCGCUUCCCCUUCUACCGCGAGAACCGGCAGGGCUGGCAGAACAGCAUCCGCCACAACCUCUCGCUCAACGAGUGCUUCGUCAAGGUGCCGCGCGACGACAAGAAGCCGGGCAAGGGCAGCUACUGGACGCUGGACCCCGACUCCUACAACAUGUUCGAGAACGGCAGCUUCCUGCGCCGCCGCCGGCGCUUCAAGAAGAAGGACGCGCCCCGGGGCCGCGGCGAGGAGCCGGCCGCGCGCGCCGCGCCCCGCGAGCCCGCGCCCGCGCCGGUCACGGUGAAGAGCGAGGCGGCCUCGCCCGCGCAGCCGCCCGCGCCGCCGCCGCCGCCCGUGGUCACGCCCAAGGCGGAGGCGCCGAGCCCCGAGCGCGCGCGCCGCGCCAGCCCCUCGGGCAGCGCCGCCUCGGGCAGCCCGGCCGCCGGCUCCCCCGACGGCCCGCUGCCCGAGCCGCAGGCCGCGGCGCCGCCCAACGGGCUGCCCGGCUUCAGCGUGGAGAGCAUCAUGACGCUGCGCGCGUCGCCGCCGGGCGCGGGGCCGCCGUUGGCGCUGCCCUACGCCGCCGCCGCCGCCGCGCCGCCCGCCGCCUUCGGGCCUCCGUGCGCGCAGGGCCCCGACGCGCCGGGCGCCGGCGGCUACCAGUGCAGCGUGCGCGCCCUGAGCCUGUACUCGGCGCCCGUGUGCGCGGCCCCCGCGCUGGACGAGGCCCUGUCGGACCACGCGGGCGGCCCCGCGUCCCCGCCCGCCGCCGCCCUGCACCUCGCCGCCGCCGGCCAGGAGGCCUCGCUGGCCGCCGCGGGCCACCACCGCCACCCGCACCACGGCCACCGCCACGCGCCCGCGCCGCCGCCGCCGCCGGCCCCGCCGCCGCCCCAGGCCGCCGCCGCCGCCUCCCCGGCCGCCGCCUGGUACCUGAACCACGGCGGCGGGGACCUGAGCCACCUCCCCGGCCACACGUUCGCGGCCCCGCAGCAGACGUUCCCCGGCGUCCGGGAGAUGUUCAGCUCCCACCGGCUGGGCGUGGAGGGCUCGGGCCUCGGGGAGGCGCCGGCGGGCAGCGCCGCCUGCCAGCUGCCCUACAGGCCCGCGCCGCCCCUCUACCGCCACGCGGCCUCCUACUCGUACGACUGCACCAAGUACUGAGCGGCCGACGCGGGGCGCAGGACGCAGGACGCCAGCAGGUAACCCGCUGCCCCCGGGCCUGGGGGGGCCCUGCCCGGCCGGCCAGCGCCCCGAGGUGAGGACCGAGUCCCCGCAGCGCUCCCCUCCCGGGGCCCCGCGCCCCGGGGUGGGAGGUUGAGCAGCGGGCCCCUGCGGACUCGCGCGGGCCUCCCGCGCCCCCGCACCGCCGCCUGCGUGGUGAUGAUUUUCUCUAACCGUGCUGUAAAAAAAAAAAAAAAAAAACAAAAAAAAAACCACCAAAAACAAAGCGUGGAUCUGUAAGCAGGCUGUUUUGUUGUUGUUGUUCAGAGCCAUUAAUAUAAUAUUUAAAGUUGAGUUCACUGGAUAACCUUUUUCAUCUUGCCCGACCAUUUUCGCCAAAUUAAAAUUUCUAGAGACCUCUCCUCCCUCCGGGAGGAACCGGGAGAGCCCCCGCGUCUUCUCCCAGUUGGAGGUCUUUGAUAAAACAAGAAAAAUAAUUUAUUUUUGUUGUUACUGGUGGAUAAAGAAGUCAAGUAUCUGAUACUUUUUAUUUACGAAGCGUGACGGUUUGUAUAGUAGACGCCACCCCGAGUAUUCCUUAAACACAAAACAAAAACUUUAAAAAAAUUAACUUCAUUCGUGUUUGUCUUUCGUGGUCUUCAUUGUUGUAUUUACCUUAAAAUAAAUCCAUGCUGGUUUUAUGCC